CUAGAGCUUUUUCCCUCCUUUUAAAAAGGGAUGAUGCAACUGAAAUGCUGUAAUUGUGUAGGCAAAUCAGUACUAGAGUCAUUGAGGUCUACAGCUCAGAAAAAGACCCUUCAGCCUAUCAGAUUUUCACUGGUCAAAAACAAGCACUUGACUAUUCUAAUCUGAUUUUACAGCAUGCAAGCCAUAGCUCUGUUUGCCUUGUAGAAUUGACUGCAGCAUGUAUGUUUCUCCUAGUUUGGUUAAAUAUAUAGCUCCUGGAGUUAUAGAUUUUUAAGUGACCAGAGUUUGUUGCUAAUCCACAAUUGCCCUUGAACAGAGUGUCUUGUCUUGUUCAGCCAUUUCAGAGGGCAGUGAGAGUCAACAUGCUGCUGUGAGCCAGACCAGGUAAAGACAGCCGAUUUCCUUCCCUAGAGGCUAUGAGGGAACCAGCAGGGUUUUUGUGUGACAUACCUCUGUUUACAUUUUCACAUAAUUCUACCUCAAUUAAUCAUGUUACAUCUGGUGGCUAGAGUUUUCUUAAGGAAAGGGUUACUGAACCAAAGCAGAUAUAAGGACACUGACCGGAAUUGGUGCCAUUGAGUGACAGAACAAGGCCGAGAGGCCUCCAGUUGUGUUGGAGAAUUUUGCAGCACAGAAAGGAGGCCGUUCUCCCCAUCAUGCCCCUGAAAGACUUUAGUCCCAUUUCCUGGCUCCGCAUCUCUGUACUUACUCUUUAAAUAUUAAUAUAAUUCCCUUUUAUAAAUGUUGCUAUUGAAUUUCAUCACCUUUUCAAAUUGCAACGAGUUGAAUAAAUAACUUCUCUUUUUCCACUGUCUUGCCAAUGGUCUCCAGUCUAUGUCCUAUGUUAAAUGGCCCUUCCCCCUGUCAGUUUCUCUCUAGCUUCUCUAUCAGAAGCUGUCACAAUUUUCAACUGAAGUCACCUUUUAACCUUGUUGCUCUAAGAAAGACAAUCCUGGGUUCUCUUGUCUCUCUGCACUCACUGAAGAUCCAUGUCCCUUCCUAGUAAAUCUUCUGUGCACCCCUACUUGCCAGGGUGCUCCCUACAGUGCAACCUAACCAGUGUAUUAUCAAGACUUACCAAAGCUGACACACUUUUAAAUUAAUCCCAACUUUCUGUUGAAGGUCCAGGGUUCUUUUUUAAUUGUGUCCUCAGUUUCAGAGGUUUGUUGUACAUUAAUGUCCAGGUCUCUCGUGCUCUCUCUGUUUCUUUGCACCCCCUUUUAAAGCUAAUCCAUCCAGUUUAUAGUCUCCAACCUCGUUCAUGACUGAAAUGAAUUAUUUCACACUUCUGGAAUCUGCAAAAUAUCUGCUGAUUUCACCAUUGACCUCCCAAAGUAUUUCUAUCCUCAGCAUUUGCUAUCUGCCAACGUUGAAAAUGUGCCCUUUUAUACUCCAGUGCAGGUUUGUAAUUUUCUGUGACAUGAGAGUUGAGUUCAGUGGCACAACCUUCUUCAAAAUUAUCCAUGGCCUCAUUCUCUGUUGGGACUGCAUCAGGCAGCGGUAGGGUCUCUGUGUGUGUGUGUGUGUGUGUGUGUUUUUGUCAUUAAUUGAGACUGAGCUAAGGGGAUGGAGACAGGAGGCUGUAAGCACCAAUGGUACUGUCUGUUGCAGUGUUCCAGAGCUGUGUCAGGGAUUGUUUAUGCAUUUAUAGGUCUGAUGUCAUGUGAUGCUGAAUUUUCACUACAGGCUUUGCAUUUUGCCAGCCAUUUUGGUCUACACCCAACCUGCGCAGGGAGGGAGCUGUUCUUCGAUGCUUGAGAAUGGUAUUUUGUGAAUCACCAGUUAGCAGAGAGCUCCAUUUAAACAGGUGCUGAAACAUCCCCUCUACUUUUGGAACCUUCAUCUCCCAGAUUGCCUCCUUGCUGGGGAUCUGCAGCUGGACUAAAUCUUGAGGAUUUGCAGAAAAUAAGCUUCUCCUUUUGCCUGUGUUGCUAUCCCAGAGGGAUAUUUUAUAUAUAAGAGAGAGGGAGAUCGGUCUCUGAUUACAACGUGCCCUUGCUAUUGAGGCUGUUUCUGGGUCUCUGCAGUGUCAGCACAAACACCCUUUCUCUCUCUCCCUCUCUCUCUCUCUCUCUCUCUGUCUUUCUCUCUGUGCACCGUGAUCCCUUCCUACAAAGCCAGCCUUUCUGCUGCAGGAUUUACUUUCACCUUCCAGUCAGCUGGCUCAUCAUGUCUGACCUGACUCCCCAGAGUGAUGCUCCAACACCCACUACAGACAAGAUCACCCAGGCUGCCAGAGAGACCAUCUACCUGUGCAACUUCCGCGUCUCGGUGGAUGGAGAGUGGCUGUGUUUGCGGGAAUUGAAUGAUAUCUCCCUUACACCUGACCCAGAGCCUACCCAUGAAGACUCUUGGGAGGAUUUAACGGUUUGGGUGGAUCAGAUACUUGAGGAAGCAGAAGACCCCAAAGACCCCAUUGCAAUUGAGCGGUUGAAUUUAAUGAACAUGGCGAAACUCAGCAUCAAGGGUCUCAUUGAGUCAGCGUUAAACCUGGGACGGUCACUGGAUUCUGACUAUGCUCCUCUGCAGCAGUUUUUUGCGGUUAUGGAACACUGCCUGAAACAUGGCCUUAAAGUUAAGAAAACGUUCCUGGGGCAGAACAAGUCGUUCUGGGGUGCGUUGGAGGUGGUGGAGAAGCUGUGUCCAGAAGCUGGUGAAAUUACAGUCAGUGUGAAGGACCUCCCAGGUCUAAAGACUCCAGUUGGUAGAGGGAGAGCGUGGUUACGUCUGGCUCUGAUGCAGAAGAAGUUGUCGGAUUAUAUGAAGGCGUUAAUUAAUCGGAAGGAUCUGCUCAGUGAGUUCUAUGAAACCAACGCUCUGAUGAUGGAAGAGGAAGGAGCAGUGAUUGCUGGGCUCCUGGUUGGGCUGAAUGUCAUCGAUGUCAAUCUUUGUAUGAAGGGCGAAGAUCUCGAUACCCAGGUGGGAGUGAUUGACUUCUCACUGUAUUUGAAGGAUGGGGCCCACAGCAGUAAAAGUGCCGAGGGGGAUGGGCAUAUUACUGCCAUUUUGGACCAAAAAAACUACGUGGAAGAACUCAAUCGACACCUAAGUGCAACUGUAAAUAAUCUCCAAGCAAAAGUGGAUGCCUUGGAGAAAUCGAACACAAAGCUUACCGAAGAGCUUGCAGUAGCGAACAACCGCAUCAUCACCUUACAGGAAGAGACUGAACGAAUUAAGGAAAAUGCCUUUUACUGUGACUCCACUCGGAAGAAGAUGGAAGUGGGAAAGCCAGAUGGGAAUGCGGAGGGACUGGUCCCUAGACCCUCCCGCCAGGGAACAGAUGAUGUCCACACUGAGACCAGAAAACAACUGAAGGAGGAGACACAGCUCCGGCUGGAGGUUGAGAAAGAGUUGGAGGUUCAGAUUGGUAUGAAACAAGAGAUGGAGCUAGCCAUGAAAAUGCUGGAAAAAGACAUCUGUGACAAACAAGAUGUGUUGGUAACGUUUCGACAGCAGCUGGAUGAUGUCCAAGCUCUCAACCAUGAGCUCUCUCAAAAGCUUCAGGGCUCUGAUAACGUGAUUAGACAGAAGAAUGAAAUCAUUACUCGUUUGGAGGAGAAAGCAAACCAGAUGAGCUGUACAAUUAAGCAGCUGGAGCGAAGAUUGCAACAGACACAACACAACUGGCAUAUGGCCGAGGAAGCUAACCACCUCUUCAAGCAGGAGUUUGGCGAGAAGAUCAUCAGUCUUCAGAACGAAGUGGAUUGGCUUUCAAAGCAACGUUCCCAGUUGCAAAUGGAUUUGAAGGAGCAGAGAUUGGGUUUACACAGUGAUUCUGUUUGUGAUAACAACGUGGAACAACUCAAAAGAAAUCUACAACAAAUGGCCAAUAUGCAGAAGGAAUUGGAACAACUUCGGGAAGAAAACAGGAGACUCCAGAAAGCAGGAAAGGAUAAACCUUCAAAUGGAACACACCAACGCAGGAGGUCAAGCACAAAUACAGUAACAGAAGCAGAAAAGGAACCUGACUGGUCAGUACUGGAAAAGCAGAAUACAAUUUGCAAACUCUGUCAAGAGGAAGCCUCAGUAACCAGGGAGAAGAAACGCUGCAGCAAUUGUCUUACGAUCGUCUGCAGUCUGUGCGCCAUCCAUGAAUUGCCUCUGCCAUCCUCUAUCCAGCCUGUAUGCGUGUGUAAUCCUUGUCAUGGAGCCUUAUUACAGCAGUACUCAACAACACUUCCAACCUGACACACACACACUGUGGAACAACCUGACUAACUGACAGCUAUUGAUUGAGUGCAGGGGCAAUCGAACCACCUCUCAGCUUUUGUCCUUUUUUUUUUUGUCAUGUGAGGUUAAUGCACAAAUUUGUGUAAAUUCCACUUUUCCCCUGCUGCUAAAAUACCCUCUUUUUUGAUACAAUUCGGAGUGACGCUGUUGCCCACUCAUUAAUGCUAAAGAUGAACUCCCUCUUUUACUGAGACAAUCUACUGAUGCCCAUCAGUAAUUGUGUACUGCAAGUAGCAAUGCUGGACUAAGUUAAAAUAUGGGCAUCUGAAAUCCGUCCAAGAUAUAGCUGGUUAACAUUGUUAAAAGGUGAGGAGACACUGGAUUCUCUCAUUAGUAUUAUCAAAGAGAAGUGCCCCCCCUUUUCUAACAAGGGAGCAAUUAACUUAAAGGGAGACAAAUAACUUAAAUGUUAUUGUCAGUGCCCAUCAACUGACUCAGCCUAUUAAGAUGGUCUUCAUUAGAAAUAGGAGGCUUGAUACUAGUCACAAUGGUCCAACUCAACCUUGGGCUCUGAAGGCUUAAUGGGGAAGACUUACUCCUCUCUGUGCACCUUAGGCUUGGUGCAUUGAGGAGGAUAUAGCUAACCCUUUGAAAACAGACAGCGCUUUUUGGAAAUUUAUGUUCUUGUUUCUUUCUUUGAUCAACACUGAUUUGAGGAGCGUUCUACAAUCAUAAUUUAUGAUUUUGCACAUCAGGGAGAAUAAGUGUUUGUUUGUCUAUCUCUGAGACUACACCAAGCCACAAGGUUAGAGCUGGGAGAGUCCAGGUUGAAUUAAACUGAGACUUGUCAGUUUUUUUUUUGUCACAUGGAGCAGGUUUGCAGACCAACUAGUUUCUAAGGCUAUAACUGGAAUCCCAUUUAACACAAUGUACUUAAAUACAUGGUUCAAACAAAACAAUGUAUUUAUUUAUGUGGCUAAUGUUUCUGUUUUCCAGGAUAUUUUUAAGAAAUGAAUGUACUAGGACUGUUUAUUACAAGAAUAACACUUGUUUGAUUGUGAUAUUUACAGUCAUUGGAUUUCCAUCCAUUAUUAAUAACUUAAUUUUUAUGCCAGUGUACAAGAUGACUAUCUAUAUUCUUAAUGUGACAGUUGUUGCAUUAUCAUCUUUCAAAGAAAUGUGAAUUGUAUUGUGGGGCUGGAGUCUUGUUCUGUGUGAAAGACAACCCCCCCUGAAAUUCCAGUUCAUUCACUGUUGAGGUUCAACUGGAUUUUUUUAAUGUUUUGUCGUUAUCUGAAUUACAAUUUGAAUAAAUUUUUAAUUGUGCACAAAUCUGCAGCGGCCGAAGGUAAAAACACCCCCUUCCAGGCCAAAAUCAAGAUGAUUAUAUAAGUAUAUGUUUAAAGUUCAGUCAUGGGCCAUCAAGGCUGGUAUUUUUCCCUAAUGGCUGUUGCAGACGGUGGUUGUUUUCUGCGUAGUAGAUUGCUCGGAUAGACAGAUGGCAAUAGAAUGAAAUGGAGUGCAGCACUUAUCUUGACCAAAACAGUCUGCUGUUGAACUCAUUAUUCACUAUAGCAUGAACAUUCUACAGCCAUGCUCCAGGAAUUUACCAAACUUACUUAGACAGCCUGGACCCUCCCUGUGACCCAAACCACCAAAAAGCACAAGGGAACAUUUAUAUCCAAGUAUCUCUCUUCUUCACCCUACCCCUACCUUUGGACAUUGUUUCUUCAGUCACCGUUCUGGAAUCACCUUCCUAACAGCUACUGGGAAACAGAAUUAGAAUAGAUGAUUAUUUAAAGACUGACAUAGCCACAAUGGGCUUCCUUAUCCCUGUUGUAAAAAAAAAACUCUCAACUCUACCUUGAUAACUGGAGAAGGGAUACUCUCAGCAGUGUUGUCUACAGUGAGAAUAGUUACUGUUUUCAAAAAGAUCUUUUAAGGUGUUCAAGUCUGAAAUCUGUCAAAUACAAUCCUGUGACAUUAUGUUUCUGAUGGUAAAACAAUGAUUGCGGCAGCUUGAAAUCUGAAAUAAAAACAAAUUGCUGGAGAAACUCA